AUGCUCACGCCGUCGAGGAGGACGGCCGCCUCCUUCUCCUUCAGCUGCUUGUUCUGCGUUGCCUUGUACAUCCUAGGCAGCUCGUCAUCCACGUUCUGCGCCUGUAGCAGCACCUGUCGUGCACAAACUGUGCUAAAAUAUGUUGCAAGAUGGUUUGUUAGUAACAUUGGGGUUAAUUUUUGCAAUGAUUUACAAAAUGAGGGAGGUGUUGUACUAGGGUGUUAUAGCAUAUAG